UUCAAUUUUUAUUUCACAAUAAUAAAAUAUUGUGGUGGAAAAUGAUUUCAAUAACAAAACACUCAAAACAGUAGGAGCAGAGAAUCUUUGGUGUUUUGGGGUACCUCUUUAGGAAAAUUUAAGAAUAGUUUGGGGACAGUUGAUUGAUCUGUUUUGUUUUUUAUAGUUGUAGUGUUGAUUUGUUUGAAGUGUUCCUGUUCCCUUUGUUUUCACUUCUCUUUCAUAAAAAUGGGUGUUAUUUUAUAUCAUUUCCCAUUGAGUGGACCGUCUAGAGGGGCCCUUCUGGCUGCCAAAGCAGUAGGAGUUGAUGUAGAUGUUCAAAUUAUGGAUCUGUUCAAGAAAGCACAGCUAAAAGAGGACUUUGUGAAAAUCAAUCCACAACACACCAUUCCUACUUUGGUAGAUGGGGAAUUGACAAUAUGGGACAGUCAUGCUAUUGCUUGCUAUCUGGCUUCAGUUUAUGGAAAAGAUGACAGCUUAUAUCCAGAAGACUCCAAAACUAGGGCACUAGUCAAUCAGAGACUAUAUUUUGAUUGUGGUACAAUGUAUCCUAGAAUAAGAGCCAUAUGUUUUCCUGUACUAUUCUUGGGGGAGGAUAUCAUUCCUGAUGAACACAAAGGUCCUCUAGAAGAAGCAUUAGGAUUUUUGGAUGUUUUUCUUGAAGGAAAUAAUUUUGUCUGUGGAAAUAACUUGACAAUUGCAGACUGCUCUUUGGUGGCUUCAGUUUCCAGCAUUGCAGCUGUUGGAUGGGAUUUGAGUGCUUAUUCCAAUGUUGUUACUUGGGUUGCUAGAUGUGCCAUUGCUAUUCCCAAUUAUGAGGAAUCCAAUCAGAAAGGAGCUGAAGAGUUUGGAAAGUUAGUUAGAAGCAAGCUUGCUCCAGGGCAAUUGUAAUAAGAAAUUCUCCUUUUUCAUUUUUGUAUUGAUAUUUUUAUAUGAAUAUUUUGGAAUAAAAUAUUGGAAAAUCCACUCUGAUGUUCUGUUUUAGAUUGCUUACUCC